UUCUGGGCUAAAGUCCAUCAUCUUCAAUUGUAUAAAUGCUGGCUGCAAGCGAUUGCAAGCCAUCAGUUUCAAUUGCAAGAGAUUCCAAACAGCUCUCGAUUAACAUCAUGAAAGUAUUCAUUGUUUUCGCAGCCUUUGCUGUUUUGUCCUUGGCAUCUGCAGCGAGGAUCCCGGAGACCCAAAUCUCUGCUCUUAGGCAGAAGGCCCGGGCCUGUGCCUCUCAAGAGGGAAUCACCAGGGGGCAGGCUCUUGCUUUGCGGUCAGGAAACUUCGAGGACAGCGAUCCCAAGGUCAAGUGCUACGCCAACUGCUUCCUGGAGCAGACCGGUCUGGUGGCCAAUGGCCAGGUCAAGCCCGACGUGGUCUUGGCCAAACUGGGUCCCAUUGCCGGCGAAGCCAAGGUCAAGGAGGUUCAAGCCAAGUGCGAUUCCAUCCAGGGCGCCGACAACUGCGAUACCAGCUUCCAACUGUACAAGUGCUACUACCAGAACCGCGCUCAGAUCGAGAAAUAUUAAUAAAUGAAAUGCAAAUAA